GCGGACCCUCCCGGCGGAAGCGCCGCUGCAGGGGCCGGGCUGCCCGCGGUGGUGGGGCCCCUCCGAGAGCGGCGGGGCCUGGCAGGCCUCUGCGGCAUGGAGCCGGCGGCCGAGCACCAGCAGCAGCUCCGCAGCCUGCGGGACUUCCUGCUGGUCUACAACCGGAUGACCGAGCUCUGCUUCCGGCACUGCGUCUCCAACCUCAACUACCGCCUGCUCACUGGGCGUGAGGAGAUGUGCCUCGACAGCUGCGCAGGAAAACUGGUCCACUCCAACCACCGCCUGAUGCGUGCCUACGUGGCACUGAUGCCCUCCAUCAUGCAGCGCCGUGUCGCUGACUAUGAGGCCAGUGCAGCCCCAGCAUCCCAGAGCUCAGCCCAGGAGAAACAUGCGCCAGUAACUGCCCUGCCUGGGGCUGGGGGCCCCAACCCCUCUCCUGGCCCACCAGCAGCUCCAGACCCUGGUGAGCCCUUGCAGGGGGCUCCAGGCACUGGCACAUAGCAUGGCUCUUGAUCUGGAUUGUGCCUUCUGGCAGCAGCGGUGGGCUGGGUGGCUGCAGGAUGGAUCCAGGCCCUGCAUCACCAGUGGGAGAAGUAACGUCUCAGCACUGCAGCGCAGUCUGGACCUCUGCAUGCUGCCAGUGGUCUGGAACAGCAGAUCUGCCCUGCACUAAGACCCAGCCUUGUGGAUCUGUGUCCUCUGUGCAUCGGCAUCAAGAACCUCGUGGCAGUGGCCAAGUCUGUUCUGUGCCUGGUGGGGCCAACAGUGUGCAUGGGGGGCACCAAGAAAGAAAUCACAGUGCCUGGCUCUCUGGUUGGGUGGGAUCCCACCUAAACUCUGUCCUAAUGGCUCCCCUGCUGGGCUUUCCUGCUCUAGACUGGGGUGCCUGUAUUUCUAGGAAACGGUUUCCUAGGGCUAAUAAAAUGGUUUUUUGUUAA